CUACGGGUCUCCUCGAGGACCACGUCAACCUCGACCGCACCGACGGGAACCUCGAACUCACGAAACUCGCCUACGAACUCGGAGGGAAGUACUCCUGCGGCAUCGCGACCACCGACGGGCAGGUCCUCGAGACGGCUCCGUGGGAAGUGCUCAUCAUUCACCAGACAUCGAACCGCAUCGACAACGAACUCUCCGGUGACAUUUCCGCAUGCAGGAUCCGGAGCAGCAUGACCGUCUAUGCAGUGUAUCCGGAGCCGACGGUGCACAGCGGCCUCUACUCGGCGGACAGGGGCGGGUUCUUCGACCAGGUCACGCCCCUCGAGUGGCACAAGAUCGUCUACGACAACCAAUCCGUUGCUUAUUCGUACUAUGAGAAGGUCUUCCAGAUAGAUGCGGACACUCCCCUUGACACCGUGUUCCUGACAACAGUGGGCGUGACCAAGAGUGACAACAACUACAUUUCUCUCGAGACCAAAAGAUCCUACGACCAGACGUGGCAAGAGCGCGGGUGUGCUCCUCUGAGGACUCAGGAGUACCAGGUGGUUCACUACAGCACUGACCGAACCACCUGUCGGGGCAAGAGGAUGCCAACUGGACCGGAUCCACUCACGGCUAAGGUGACCUGCGAAGAAGGGUACAGGGCAGAGGGGUCACACUAACGAGACCACGCUCCACCUGCGACGAAACGACGUGGGCGUGGGUGGCCGUCAGGGGAUGCCGCGCCACCGGGACUUGCACUGCGUGAUAGACGAAGCAAACACCGCCCUUCCGAUGAGAGCUGAAAUGUCGGUGGUUUUGGUCACUGUUAUGCUACUUGUUCGCCCGUUUCAGUGAUAAAUUUGUCACACUUUGUCACAAAUCUACAAGUUAAAGAGAUUGUCUGCUGAUUGCUGUGAUUUUUUUGUUUUGUUUUAUUAAGAUAGCUGAAUUUUGUAUUUUGAUGUUAAAGCUGAUCUUUUUUUAUCGGUCAGUUCAAAAGUUUAUGUGUAAAUAAAUAAAAUUUUAUAUCUCUUUCGUUGAAGAGAUGUGGAAUUGUUCAUUUAUUAA